AUGCUUAGUUGACUCAACCUCCCUCAGCUUCUUCUCUAUUAGUAUAACUAUAUAUAGCUUCUCUUCUGAGUCCACCAGCAAUACCAGAGAUGGGAAACAUGAAGUGCAUGAAGAGGAGGUCCAACACCAUCAUCUUGGUUCCAUAUCCAGCACAGGGACAUGUUACUCCCAUGCUCAAGUUAGCCUCCGCCUUCCUCCACCGCGGCUUUAAUCCGGUGCUGGUCACACCGGACUACAUUCACCGCCAGAUUGUCCCCAAGCUCGAAUCCAAUGAAAUUGAGUGCAUGCCAAUCCCGGAAGGGUUGGACAAGGACACCCCGAGGGACUUCUUCGCCAUCGAGAAGGCCAUGGAGAACAACAUGCCUGUUCAUCUAGAGAAGCUUGUUCAUCAGCUUCAACAAGAUGGAGGAGUAGUCGUGUGCAUAGUCAUUGAUUUGCUUGCGUCGUGGGCUAUAGAAGUAGCCAACCGAUGCCGGGUUCCAGCGGCCGGAUUCUGGCCGGCCAUGCUGGCGACGUACCGGCUGAUCGGAGCCAUUCCGGAGAUGGUCAGGACAGGUCUCAUCACUGAUGCAGGGUUUCCAAAGCAAUUAGGUGGUACAUGCUGCUUACCUAAUCAACCCAUGCUAUCAAGUGAAGAGCUUCCAUGGUUGAUAGGCACUCCAGCAGCAAGAAAAGCAAGAUUCAGAUUUUGGACUAGAACCCUAGAGAGAUCAGAAUCCCUCCAAUGGCUCCUUGUCAAUUCAUUCCCAAAUGAACAUUGCUUGGACGAUAAGCAAUCACAACAUCAACAAUUUGAUCUGAAUCAAACCAAAAUCCAACCUCAAUUGCAAGCUUUCCCUAUUGGUCCCUUGAGCAAGCUCACAGCCACCAAGAACCCUAGCUUUUGGGAAGAAGACACAACCUGCUUAAGCUGGCUUGACAAGCAGCAACCCAACACUGUGAUUUACAUCUCCUUUGGGAGUUGGGUUAAUCCCAUUGGAGAAGCUAAGGUUAAAAGCUUGGCAUUGGCACUUGAAGCCUUGGGGAAGCCAUUCAUUUGGGUAUUGGGGUCUUCAUGGCGUGAGGGAUUACCAGUUGGGUACUUAGAAAAGGUAUCAAGGACAGGCAAAGUUGUGUCUUGGGCACCACAAAUGGAGGUCUUGAAGCACAAAGCAGUUGGGUGUUAUUUGACACAUUGUGGGUGGAAUUCAACAAUGGAGGCCAUUCAGUGCCAAAAGAGACUCUUGUGCUAUCCUGUGGCUGGUGACCAGUUUGUGAAUUGUGGCUACAUUGUAGAUUUGUGGAGAAUUGGGGUGAGAUUGGGUGGGUUUGGGGAGAAGGAUGUUGAGGAAGGAUUGAAGAAGGUGAUGGAGGAGGAUGAGAUGGGGAAUAGGUUGAGGAAGUUGAGUGAGAGAACUACGGGAGAGGAGGCUAGUUCUAGAGCUGUGUCUAAUCUCACGGCCUUCAUUGAUCAACUUAAGAUGUUCACAGUUGGAUAUUCUAAUGGUGUUUAUGGCUAUGAUCUGUAG